AGCAUGAAGCACCCUUCGUCUAUCAUUUAAUAAUCUUGUUCAGUGCUGUCAUCACAUUCCUAUCGGAUUGAUUGCAUUUGUAAACUUUUAGCUACCGAUUUGCAAUUCGGUGCAUCAGGGGAUUGUUCAUAGAAUCCUCGAAGUCCCUACAUCGCAAGUCCGUCUUAAAUCGUACAGAUCAGUGAGUGGAGUUAGUGUGCCGAGAAUGGAAUCCAACUUAAACAAAGUGCUGAGCAUGAAUCGCCAACAACUCAGCGGUCAGCUGUAUAAGUACACAAACGUAGUGAAAGGCUGGCAGUAUCGUUGGUUUAGUGUGGAUGCGCAGGGCGGACUGCUAAGCUACUAUCUGUGUGAACCGGCCGGAGAAGAUUCAAACACCCACAUCGUCGGUAGUGCUCCACGCGGGCAGGUACACCUAGCCGGUGCCGUGAUCUGUCCAAGCGAUGAAGACUCUAAAACUUUCACCGUCAACUGCGCCUCCGGAGAUAUGCUGAAGUUGCGGGCUGUAGAUGCUCGAGCCCGUCAGGAAUGGGUAGAUGGACUACGAGCGGUGGUUGAAAGUCAUUCGAAUUCUACAGGAACGGCGCUUCCACCGCGCGAUCAGCUAGCAGCGCACGAUGCGUUCGGUGCCGCUAGGCAACAGUUGCAACAGACGGAACUCAGCAAUGCCGCACUCGCACGUGCUAUCGAAAAUUUGAACGGUCCGCUUUCGAGCACGGAUCCGGAUCUGCUCAUGAUGAAGGCUCUGUCCGCCGCUAGUACGCACUGUUUGCUACAGUGUCUGGGCCUGUUGCAAAGACAUCAGGAGCUAGUACCAGACUCAAGACUGGAGCAAAGUUUCUAGCCCAAGCGUCCCUUGUCCCGUGAUGGGUGUAAUAGAAAUUCUUACUGAAAGAAGGUGGACGGAAUCUCCGGAACAAUAGUUUAGGGCGAAGCAGCUAAAUUGUUCUUUCCCAAACCGUAUUAUUUUUUUUUCGGAUAAAGUCUCCGGAUAAAGGACGGGCAGUUAACCGGUUUGCACGCAACGAGUCGGAUUGUUUCCAAUAAUAUAAACGCCUCGAAUAUGGAUGUAACGAACACAAACUGAAGGAAUAUAACUAAUUGUGCAAUGUGUUACAUACUUAUGUAAGAAAUACAGUUCGUGAAUUGUUGUAGUUACAUUCUCGUAGGUCGUAGUUACUUGUUCGAUAAGCAAUUCUCACAAUAAUAGUUCUGGAUCGAUAGAUUCAGUUGUUCAACCA